AUGUCAAAAAGAAGAAAUAUAGGCGAUGUUCCUAUUGUCGAGAAGCUUUACAAGUAAGUAACGGCCCCAAAGAAAACGGUGUUUGUAUUUUCCACUGAAAUCAUACCUUUUAUUUGGAAAAGUGUUAUUUCAGCUGAAAUAGAUAUUUCAGAUGAUAUAUAUUUGGUGAUUUUUAGGGAAAAACAGCAAGAUUAUGAAAAAUGUGGUGGAUUUGAGGAAGAUGAUGAUGCAUAUGAGGAUAAAAGAAAGGAAAUUGCAGAAAGUUUUCAGAAAAGUAGGUUUUAAAGAAAGUUCUUGCCAUUUCUUGAUAUGUAAAGAAGCUUCUUGCCAUUUUUUGCUUUGUAAAGAAAGUUUUUGCCAUUUUAUUAUUUUUAAAGAAAGUUAAUAAUUUUUGUAAAUUACUGUUACAUAUGGCUGGUAUAAAUAAAAAAUUUAAAAAAGCUUUGUAAAGAAAGUUAUUGCCAUUAUACGGUCUGUAAAGAAAGUUCUUGUCAUUUUUAAAACUUUUAACUUUACAGGAAGGGACUUACUGAGUAAAAACACUGAAAAACCGGACAAUUGCCUGGAAUGUGAACGUGCUUUAGGGCCAUCGUAUCUUUGGGACACCUACAAUCAUGCUGUUUGUGAUUUAUGCAAGUAAGUGACAUUAUAAUAGGCAUAGAAUGAAAAUUGAAAGGUAAAAUACGAAAUUGGGUAUAGCCUUUGUCAGGUUUUGGUUUGUAAACAAAGUUUUUGUUACUUUUAAGUUUGUAAAGAAAGUUAUUGCCAUUUAGGACCUGCAAAGAAAUUUCUUGUUAUUUCAUGCUUUGUAAAGAAAGUUCUUGUCAUUUGUCGCUUUGUAAAGAAAGUUCUUGCCAUUUCAUGAUAUGUAAAGAAAAUUUUUGCCAUUUCUUGUUCUGUAAAAAAAGUUAUUGCUAUUUUAUGCAUUGUAAAGAAAGUUUCUUCGUUUCAGAGACCUGAAAAACAAGCACGUUGUGAUAUCUCGCACAGAAGCCAAGAAGCGUUACGUUCUGAAGGACGAAGACCUGGAUCAUCGUAAGCCAAUAUUAAGAUACCAGUCGAAAAAGAACCCUCACAAUCCACGCUAUGGGGACAUGAAGUUGUACCUACUGAGUCAAGUGGAAGAACGGGCCAAAAUGGUUCACGGCACAUUGGAACAGGUGGAAAUUACAAAGGAUGAAAGGAGAGAAAAGAGAGAAAAACAGGUCAAUAAGAGGUUCGAGAACAGGAUCAAGGCUAUGAGAAAGGAGGUGAGUACUACUCUUACCCCUAUCUAUCGUGUCUUUCGCUACCUCAACCUAUCCUACUCUACCUUACCCUGCCUUACUUUACCCUACCUUAUCCUAGUUUACUCUAACAUUAUUUCUUCGUCACUAUUAUAUCCUACAGUGCAAUGAUCAACUCUACUUUGUAGUUAUCGUACUUUAUUCUGUCUCACCUUACAAUAUUAUGUUGUUUUAGAUGCGUCCGGAUGUGAUUCUGAAGUCCGACGCUAUUCACGAACAUGAAUAUGGGCCGGAAGAGUCGGACGGAAAUGGCAAUUACUGGAUGAUCUGUAAGACUUGUGAAUACAAAAACGAAUAUGAACGAUUGUGA